UGCUGGUACAUUUUCUACAUGUGUACAUGCUCUAUGUGAAAUCUCUGCACAUUCAUUUGCCACGGUGCCUUAAUACACUGGUGAUGAGUAAGAUGCAUGCUGGGAGAGCUUAAAGUCCAGUUGUUAUCUUUUCGGAAGAACGGCAAUAAAUUAAGAAGGUAAAAGUCAGGUUCAGGAUUGUCAGAUUGUUCCUUGAGCUGCCAAGAUGUGGUGGACAAGGACCUUUAUUCACCAAAUCAGGAUCUCCGCCAUUAUCUUGGCCUUGAUUCUGCACUUGGCUACUUCUCAACCUUGUCUCAGCCCUGAGAAGAAAUGCGACUUUGUGUGUGACUGUUUGGAUUGCGAUGACGAACAAGACUGCGGCUACAGCGGGAAGGGAUUUCAUUGUGAUUUUGAGGACACAGGAAUAUGUGGAUGGAAGGACCAGUCCUUGAAUGCAGCAUACAGGUGGGAACAGCGUCAAAGAGGUGACACACUCCCAGAUAGCGGACCAUCCUCUGAUUUUACCACUGGGACUGCUUCAGGUUGGUUUAUGGGUGUAACAGAGGUCAAGUCCUCUAGUGUCAAAACUGCAGUCCUUGUUUCACCAAAGAUGCAAGAGUCCUCACCAACAUGUCGCCUUCGUCUCAGAUAUUUCCUGUGGGAUUCAGGCGAAACGAGUCUUGGCUCCUCCCCGCUAUUUGCAUCUGUCCUCCAUAAUGACUUCGAAAAAGCCAUAGUGUGGCGGCCUGAAGCCACCAGCGUCCGAGGAUGGCGGGAGGCCACCAUCUUUCUGGGCCGCAUCGCCGCACCUUUUCAGAUCCAUCUUAACUCAAACCGCUUGCAGGGGCGGAGAGGAGAUGUUGCUGUGGAUCAACUUGAGUUCCUGGACUGUGCUUUGCCCUUGCCACUACCUGGCAAAGAGUGUCCGGCCGAAAUGCUGGCGUGCAAACGUGGGGGCUGCGUCACCCAACGUCAGGUAUGCGACGGCACUGAUGAUUGUGGCGACAGGACCGAUGAGGAGAACUGUGAGGGAUAUCGGCGCUGUGACUUUGAGAAAGAUUUGUGUGAUUGGGACUUCAGGUCAUUGUCCAAUUUAAAAUGGAUAAGGACCAAUCAGAAAAACGUAUCCAUCACAGAUCCUCUGAAAGGACCGGGACGGGAUCAUUCCAGCAACAGCGCAUCGGGUCACUUCUUGUAUGUCACGGUACCCGAUGAAGGGCUUGGAAAAGAUUGGGCUGCAUUCCAAAGUCCUCGCCUUGAACCCACUAAUAGUACUCAUCCUUGCAAGAUGGUCAUGUACACGCACCAGUUUGGGCCGAGGUCCGGCGGGCUGACGGUACUGGUUGCUGAUAAGAGAAUCUCACCAGUGUGGAAACGAGGUGGAGCUCUGGGUGAUGUUUGGGUAAAAGCUGAAGUGGAAAUUGUCAAUAACUCAACUUUUCAAAUUCUUUUCAUGGCAGCAGUCAGGGAACUCGCCUAUGGCGGUGUCGCCAUCGACAACAUUGUAUUGUCUCCUGAAUGCCGCAGGUCAAAUGAAAGUAUCUGGUUGGAUAAAUUCCCUAAAUCUCCCAAAAACCCUUGCACGGUGCCUGAAAAGUUGUGUAAUUUUGAAACCGACUGCCAGGGAGGAGAGGAUGAAGCCGUAUGUGGAGACUUCUCGUACCGUGAAGGCAGCUCAGGCUGGACAGACACAAGCAUUGGGAGUCAGGGUUGGGUACUUCAACAUUCUUCAGAAAAAGAGGAGUACCUUUAUGUGGACGAGGCCCCAGGUCAGCAAUUGACUAAGGCGCAGACACGGACCCCGCUCCUGGGCCCCUCCGGCCCUGCUUGCACUUUACAAUUUGAUUUUUCACUCACUGGAGAUUCAGAUCAUAUUGGUGACCUAUCGGUCAGAGUGAUAGACAGUAUGUUGGGUGUGCAGGCUGAAUUGUGGGAGUUCAGUGGAAAGACAGGAAUAGGGGAGGCAGAGUGGCAACCCGCACAAGUGGCCAUCGGAGCCAGGAAACAUCGUUUUCAGUUGGCAUUUGAAUCUCGUGUGCUAAAACUGUCCCCUUCCACCAAGAUUAAAGUAAAAAACGUUCACUUCACUGGUUGCCAUGCUGACUAUUAUCCAUCCUCUUCAACGGCAAUGUCAUGUAACUUUGAAGAAGGGUUAUGUGGCUGGCAUCAGGAUAAAAGUGACAACUUUGACUGGUCACUGUUCGAUGGGAUGGACCACACCAUCGGGUUGGGUAAAAGUCUUGUGGUGGACAUGUGGAGUUCCUCACUGCAUGGUGUUUUUGGACGCUUACUGUCAUUGCCAUUAUUACCUGGUCAUACCGGCCUCUGCCUGACCUUCUUCUACAAAAUUUACGGGCCAAAUAAUGGGGCUCUCAAUGUGAAGUUAUUUGAUGAGGAUGGUUAUGAGAAGUUGCUGUGGACCCGCAAUGGAGCUCACGGCAACAUGUGGCAUGAAGCACAAUGCCCAGUGCCUCAUCAGUUCACAACAUAUCAGCUGAUGUUUGAAGCUGUACGCUCCGGUUUUGAUGGCCAGGUGGCCAUUGAUGAUGUGACGUUGGUGGCCCGACCCUGUUCUGUCCCAAGGUUGUGUUCUUUUGAGGCUCAGCAGUGUGGCUACAUCAGUUCUGGUCCGGUUUAUUGGGUCCAUAGAAACGGACUGACUGCAAAAGCGACGGAACCCAAAAGCGAUCACACUCUGGAGACAGAACUGGGUUUCUACAUGAUAGUUAAAACUGGAAGAAGUGUCCUUCCCACUGGCGCAAUCACAACUCUCACAUCGCCUGUUCGCCAGGGAACAACUCGUACUGAGUGUGUAAAUUUCUGGUAUCACAUGGGAAGCGAGAAUCCAGGCUCUCUGUCAGUGUAUAUGAAGCCAGUGAAAGGUGAGAGGGUCAAGAUCUUUAUGAGCAGUCUGAACCAGGGAGAUGUCUGGCUCCAUGGUAAUGGCAAUAUCUCCAGCAACCUUCUGGACUGGCAGUUGCAGUUUGAAGUCACAGGAAGAGGAGGAAAAGACACUCAUAUUGCAAUUGAUGAUGUUUUCCUUUCUGCACAUCCAUGUGAAAAUCAAGGUUCAAAGUGCAGUCUCGAGAAAGGAAUGUGUACCUGGAGUAACACUCAAAACAUCAAGCGGGACCAACUGGAUUGGGAGUUGACGAGUCAUGAAAAAGAGAACCACUACUUUACCCCCUUGGAAGACCACACACUUGGAACGGAGAAAGGUCACUUCCUGUUCAUUCCAAGUAGCAACCGGACAGCAGCCAACCAGAAGGCUCAUCUGCUGAGCCCUCAUCUACCUCGGACAAAAGGCACUUGCUUGAAAUUCUGGGCCUACAAACCAUAUUCAUCGGACAGCCAGCUAAGGGUGUGGACAUUGUCCAAAGAUCUUCUCAAUGAGCAGCUAGAGGUGAAAGAGCUUGGGGGACCAUGGAGACGCUUUGAGGUUGACAUCGUGUCCACUGAAGAAUAUCAGAUUGUGAUUGAGGGAAUCAAAGGUGCUACUGGUGUUCUUGCCCUUGAUGACAUUGAGUACACUAUCGGUGUCAACUGUGCUAGAAAAGUCACGGAUGGAGCCACAACCUCAACCAAGCCCAAUGCAGGAGGGAUUGCAGCAUCAGUCAUUGUAGUGCUGCUGCUGAUUGGCACAUUGAUUGCCCUGCUUGUCUACUACCUUCGCACCCAAAUGACAGUCAGGGCUUCAUCUCCCGAAGCUUACGCCGGUUUCAGCAACGAGACCUAUGAAGCAGAUGUCACGGAAGACCACGUGAGAGUUCCACCAGCGCAAUCUCACCCUAUGGCAGCUGGGUUCAACAUUAUCUCUGUCUCUGCUGCUGUCAGAGAGAGGGAGGUGGCGUGAGAGUGGACGAAAGGCGGUCUCGCCACCUCUCGUGGCUUAGUGAAAUUUAGGCGAUAUUACAGCAGAAGAACUGCUUGUAUCGGCCUUACAUCACACACGCACACACACACACACACACCAACGCACACACGUACAAAUACUUGCAUAGUAAACACAGCAAAAUCAGCACAUAUACAGAUUUAUAUCCGGUGAUGACCUCGAGACUGAGCUCAUUGCCGAAGGAAGUGAAGGUCCAUGUGGAAAACUGUAGGAACGUUCCUCAAGUUAGAAAACACUAUCUUCUCUAAGUGUGAGCAUUCCCUGAGAUGAAGUAAGACGGAAUGUCAUGUAAGUUUGAAGCACAAAAGGUCAUGAGGAUGAUAGAUGUUGUCAAACAAUUGUAUGAUGGACAUCAACUGUGAUGGAUUCUCAGGAGAAAGAUUUUUUACAAGGGUGAUUCUAAAUUGAUAGGGUGCCCUACCGGGAAAGCGGAAAGGAGGAAUGAUAGUCAAGAAAAGUCGACCGAUAUCUGAAGGAUAUUUUACAUGCUUUAAACCUGUGUAACUGAU